AUGGGAACUCUGAGCCUGGGAGUCCUGGUGGGGCUCGGGGUGCUGCUCUGGAUCUUCCCGGGGGUUGGAGCAGCGUUGCACCCUCAGGAAACGUUGCUCCUGAGAUCCCUGGGCCUGAAAGCCAGGCCCAGCCCCAGGUCGCCCGCUCCGGUGCCGCCCUGGCUGUGGAAGAUGUUCCAGAAAAGAAACGAGGAGGCCAAGGAAUCCCGCAACCCGUGUUGGGUGGAGGAAUUUCAAGUCCCUGGAAACGUCAUUCGGGUCUUCCCCGACCAAGGACAUUUGAUCCAUCGAGAAGAACCCGAGAGUUGGAUAUGCCUACAAAAACGGCUAUAUUUUAAUUUCUCUGCACUUGAGGAAGGAGAAGAGUUGACCCUGGCCCAGCUGGAGAUUCAGUUCAGCCAUAACCAGUACCAGGGUUCCAGCUCGGUUCAUCCCUUUGAGCUAAGCCUAUAUCGGGCUCCCCAGAUGACCUUGCAUGGCAUGCACACCCAUACUUACAGCCGCCAACUCCUGGUGGAGCAAUCCUUCAUCCACCUGCGCAAGUCCUUUGCCUUCAACCUGACCGAGGUGGCGAAGGAAUGGCAGACUCCAUCCAAGAACUUGGGCUUGUUCCUUGAAAUUAGCCUCCCGGCGUCACCCGAGAGAAGCUUAUGUUCCAAGCUCAAUUCCAUACUCAGCACCUCCCUGUUAGUGGUUUCCCUCACUCCUGGGCAGUGCAAAAGCCCCAGGAAAAGGCGCAGCACUUACUACAUGCCAGUCUCUGCCAGCAACAUUUGCAAACCCCGCCGGUUGUACAUCAGCUUCACCGAAGUCGGUUGGGAGAAUUGGAUCAUUGCUCCACAGGGUUACUUGGCCAACUACUGCCUCGGCGAAUGCCCUUUUCCCCUGACUGAGGAACUCAACAGUACCAACCAUGCCAUCUUGCAAACCAUUGUGCAUUCUCUUGACCCCGCUGGGACCCCUCAACCUUGCUGCGUCCCUGUCCGCCUUUCACCAAUCUCCGUCCUGUAUUAUGACAACAAUGAUAAUGUUGUGUUGAGACAUUAUGAGGAUAUGGUAGUGGAUGAAUGCGGCUGUCGAUGAGAUGAUUCACCAGGUUCUCCUUGCUCAGUUGCUGUUUCAUCAGCCUCUUCCUGCUGUAUCUUUAGUUGAGCCACCAGAUGUUCAGUUACGGUCAUCUAGUUCAUGAGUGUAUAGAGGAGCCACGUAGUUAUGGGAUCUUAAAGUGGGAUGCAAAAUGCUUUUGUCAAAAAUUGCUGGAGUUGUGUACAAUUUAUGGGGAAGCUAUGUCUUACAACACAAUUAAUCUGGUUUUAAACAUGAGCUAAGUAAUUAGUUAAUUAUCCCCAGGACCAAAACCACCAGAAUUGGUUUUACAAAAGUAAUAUAUUUUAAAUCGCUGUACGAUUUGAUUUUAAAUUUUUUAUCAAUUAUCUUGGUUAUUAAAUAAAGAAAAACCCAUUGUGAAGCUUGUGUUA